UUAUUUCCAUUAUAUUUAUUAAUAUUUAAGUAUUCAAGUGAUUUACAAUAAAUUAUUUGUCUGUAAAGAAUACUUAUACUUAUAUUUCAGUCCGAAAGAGAUGAUGUGGUUUGCAAUUUAUCUAUUAUCGUUCAGCCAAAUAUGUGGUGUGAGUUACCUUAACAGAAAACUCGCUUUCUCUAUCAAAUCCAUAGUGUGCUUGAUCAAGAACGAGGAUGGAACAUAUUCUUUCAUAUUCAAAUGUAAAUUAGCAACCUCGAAUGCCAAAUUCAUCCCAGGCGAGAAGUUCAUUGAGACAAAGGCUGACGGGAGUAAGGUGGAAGCAUUGAUAACGUUUGAAGGGAACAAGAUGACACACAUACAGAUAGAGAGUAACGGCAGAACUUCGACACAUUUACGCGAAUUCUUCCCGGAUAGACUUAUCGUGACAACCACGGCUAAAGGAUUUGAUAAAAUUGUUACCAGGAAAUUUGAACUGGUCAAGUAAUUAUGAAGACUUCGAAUCAUUGAUGGACCGUCAAAAAAAGCUGAUUGAAAAAUGUUUUUCGCUGGUGAAUUAUAUUUUUUUUUGUAAAUAAAUUGGCUCAUUU